AAAUAAAGAGCUUAUUGGAGAUGCUCUUAGGGGUUUAUUCUCAACAAUAUACCCAGAUUAGGGGUUAAUUCUCAACAAUUCGAUUCCCCUGGUGCUGCGCUAGAGAGAGCUAAUAGCCAAGAAAAAAUGAAGUGGGCUGCCUCUAAUUUGCAAGAAAAGCUUCAAAGCACGCCCUUUAUCCUCUUGCUCAGAGAAUUUACAGAGAGGUGAUAUCAUCGAGGGAAACUAUAGAUCUUUUUUAUCGUUUUUCGAGAGUUAUGGGUUUAGUGAAAUUCAAGUUUCUGGUCUUUUAAGCAAGAAGCCUUCACUUUUGCAUAUGGACAAAGAUGAGCAAAUAAAACCCAGGUUGGAGUUUUUUAGGGAAAAGGGGUUUUCUUCGUCUGAUGUUUGUCAUAUAAUUGGGUUAGACUCGAAGAUUAUGAGACGUAAUGUGAAUGAUUUGAUAAUACUGUCUUAUGAGUUUUUGAAGAGUGUUUUGAAAGAUGACGCGAGUGUGAUUGGUGCAGUUAAGAGGUGUACUUGGCUACUUACUCAAGAUUUAGAAAAAAGUUUAAGGCCAAAUGUUGAAUUGUUGCAAAGUUAUGGAGUGCCGAAUGAUAGGAUUGCGGGAAUGUUGCGGUAUCAGCCUAGGACAAUGAUACAGAAUGCUGUUGGGUUUAAAAUGGUGGUCGAAGAGGUUAGGAAAAUGGGAUUUGAGCCGGUAAAGUGUCAUUUUAUUUGGGCGUGUCAGGUAAAACUUGGAUUGAGCGAAACAAUGUGGAAGAGGAAAUGGGAUUAUUUUAAGAAGUGGGGUUGGUCAGAUGAUGAGAUUCGUUCUGCUUUAAUGAAGCAGCCUAAGAUUAUGUCAGUUUCGCAGAAAAAGGUAGAAAAGGUGCUGGAUUUUUUGGUUAACGAUAUGAGAUGGGAGAUAUCAGAGGUUGCAUCUUGUCCUAUUGUUGUUAUGCAUAGCUUGGAGAACUGGACUAAGCCGCGGUGUUUGCUUAUUCAAUUUUUGUUGUCAAAAGGGGCGGUAAAAAAGGACUUGGCCUUAAGUUCUGUUAUAGUAUCAGUUGAAAGGCGAUUUGUAGAAAAUUAUGUGAAGAAAUACUGUGCAGAAUUUCCUGAAGUCUUAGAACUGUAUGCAAGUUUAACUUUAAAGAAGAAACCCAAGCAGCCGGUCAAGUGAGUUUGUAAUGCUAGGGAGAAGAUUUGCCGGUCUCGUGUGCCAUUAGAAACCUGGCACUUGGCUAUGCAGUGUGCACAGAUUGUAUAGCCCUCUUCUUUGUAUUGAAUAGAUUUUUUUUUUUUGUCUAUUAGAAGAGUUGUUUUUUUUUUUU